UGGGCAAGCAUCUGUCUCCGUGCGUACAACAGUGCAAACGCCGCGGUGCCGCGGGUGGCGAAAAGGGAACGCUCGCCCUGCAAGGACAGACCGCUGGCUGGCCCCGGUCCUGCCCCGGCCCCCGGGGGCCCGAGUGCCUCGGGGUCAGCGAGCGCCCCUCCUCCGGCCUGAGUCACGGCGCCGCCGGAGUCCCCACGCGAACAUGCUCGGCUGAGCGCGGCCGGGACGCCGCGGGCCCUGGGGCGCAGCGUCGGGCGGUCGGGCUGUGGGGCGCCCAGCGCCGCCACCGCACGCGAAGCCAGGCCCGGGCCCGCGCUCCCCUCCCGGCCGGGACCUUGCAGGCCGGCUCACCGGACCCGCCUCCCAGCCGCGUCCCUGACUCCUCGAGGACGACAGCGGCGCCCGAGCCGUGCGUCCCCGCGCGCUGCCCUCCCUCCAUGGCGUUUAUCCGGAAGAAGCGGCGGGAGCAGCAGCUGCAGCUCUACUCCAAGGAGCGAUUUUCCUUGCUCCUACUUAACUUGGAGGAAUAUUACUUUGAACAACACACAGCUAAUCAUAUUCAGAACAAAGGCGGUCAGUAUGAAAGGAAAAUCAGAGGCUCCUUAAAAAUAUGUUCAAAAUCAGUUAUUUUUGAACCAGAUGUAAUAUCCCAGCCCAUCAUUAAGAUUCCUUUGAGAGAUUGCAUAAAAAUAGGAAAACAUGGGGAAAAUGGAUCCAAUAGACACUUUGCAAAGGCAAAAUCCGGGGAGAUUUCACUCAUUUUCAGUCAGGUGUAUUUCAUUAAAGAACACAACAUUGUUGCCCCUUAUAAAAUAGAAAGGGGCAAGAUGGAGUAUGUCUUCGAACUGGAUGUUUCAGGGAAAGUGGAAGACGUGGUGGAGACCUUGCUUCAGCUUCACAGAGCCUCCUGCCUUGACAAACUAGGGGACCAAACUGCCAUGAUAACAGCUAUUUUGCAGUCACGUUUGGCUAGGACGUCAUUUGACAAAAACAGAUUUCAGAGUGUUUCUGAAAAGCUGCACAUGGAAUGUAAAGCCGAAAUGGUGACACCGCUGGUGACGAAUCCCGGACACGUGUGCAUCACCGACACAAACUUGUAUUUUCAGCCUCUCAAUGGAUACCCGAAACCUGUGGUCCAGAUAACACUCCAGGAUGUCCGCCGCAUUUACAAAAGGAGACACGGCCUCAUGCCUUUGGGCUUGGAAGUGUUUUGCACAGAAGAUGACCUCUGUUCUGACAUCUACCUAAAGUUCUAUGAACCUCAAGAUAGAGAUGACCUCUAUUUUUAUAUUGCCACGUAUCUAGAGCACCACGUCGCAGAGCGCACGGCCGAGAGCUACACGCUGCAGUGGCAGCGCGGGCACCUCUCCAACUACCAGUACCUCCUGCACCUCAACAACCUGGCGGACCGCAGCUGCAAUGACCUCUCGCAGUACCCCGUGUUCCCGUGGAUAAUCAACGAUUACUGCAGCACCGAGCUGGAUUUGUCAAAUCCAGGAACUUUCCGGGAUCUUAGCAGGCCGGUAGGGGCCCUAAACAAGGAACGGCUGGAGAGACUCCUGACCCGCUACCAGGAGAUGCCAGAGCCAAAGUUCAUGUACGGCAGUCACUACUCUUCCCCCGGCUAUGUGCUCUUUUAUCUUGUGAGGAUAGCGCCCGAGUACAUGCUGUGUCUGCAGAAUGGAAGAUUUGAUAACGCGGACAGAAUGUUCAACAGUAUUGCAGAAACUUGGAAAAACUGUUUGGAUGGUGCAACAGAUUUUAAAGAGUUGAUUCCAGAAUUCUAUGGUGAUGAUGUCAGCUUUUUAGUCAACAGUCUGAAGUUGGAUCUGGGGAAGAGACAAGGAGGGCAGACGGUCGAUGAUGUGGAACUCCCACCCUGGGCACGGAGUCCCGAGGACUUCCUCCAGAAGAGCAAGGACGCGCUGGAAAGCAGUUACGUGUCAGAGCACCUCCACGAGUGGAUCGAUCUAGUAUUUGGCUACAAGCAGAAAGGGAGUGAUGCCGUUGAGGCCCACAAUGUAUUUCAUCCCCUGACCUAUGAAGGAGGCGUAGACUUGAACAGCAUCGAGGACCCUGACGAGAAAGUGGCCAUGCUGACCCAAAUCCUGGAGUUUGGCCAGACACCAAAACAGCUCUUUGUGACCCCACAUCCUCGACGAAUCACCCCAAAGCUGAAAACUGUCACCCUGGCCUGCAGUCCUGAUGAUCCCAUGGCGGAUUCUCCAGUCUCUCCAGGUGAAGAGUCUUUUGAAGACCUGACCGAAGAAAGUAAAAGCCUGGCCUGGAAUAACAUCACCAAACUGCAGUUACAGGAGCAAUAUAAAAUCCACAAAGAGGCAGUUACCGGAAUAGCGGUCUCUUGUAACGGGUCUUCCGUGUUUACAACCUCACAAGAUUCCACCCUGAAGAUGUUCUCCAAGGAAUCCAAAAUGCUACAAAGAAGUAUAUCGUUUUCAAAUAUGGCUUUAUCAUCUUGUUUACUUUUGCCAGGAGAUGCCACUGUCAUUAGUUCUUCGUGGGAUAAUAAUGUCUAUUUUUACUCUAUAGCAUUUGCAAGACGCCAGGACACGUUAAUGGGACAUGACGAUGCCGUUAGUAAGAUCUGUUGGCAUGACAACCGACUGUAUUCAGCAUCGUGGGACUCUACCGUAAAGGUGUGGUCUGGUGUUCCUGCAGAAAUGACAUGCACCAGGAGACAGCAGUUUGACAUGCUGGCCGAGCUGGAGCACGACGUCAGCGUAGAUACAAUUAGUCUAAAUGCUGCAAGCACAUUGUUGGUGUCAGGCACCAAAGAAGGCACAGUGAAUAUUUGGGACCUCACUACAGCCACCUUAUUGCAUCAGAUCCCGUGCCAUUCAGGGACUGUAUGUGAUACUGCUUUUAGCCCAGACAGUCGCCAUGUCCUCAGCACAGGAAAAGAUGGCUGUCUAAACGUCAUAGAUGUGCAGACAGGAAUGCUCAUCUCUUCUCUGACUUCGGACGAGACCCAGAGAUGCUUUAUCUGGGAUGGAAAUUCUGUUUUAUCUGGAAGUCAGUCUGGUGAACUGCUUGUUUGGGACCUGCUCGGAGGAAAAAUCAGUGAGAGAAUACAGGGCCAUGCGGGUGCUGUGACAUGUAUAUGGAUGAAUGAACAGUGUAGCAGUAUCAUCACGGGAGGGGAAGACAGACAAAUUAUGUUCUGGAAAUUGCAGUAUUAAGUGCCUUUUCCUCUCUUGAAUGUUAAGUUGAACUCUAUUUAAUGUAUUUUUAAACCAGACUUUUAAAUGAACUGGUGAAUGUGCAAUGAUAGUAAUUAGAAGUUUUACCACAUGAGACAUUUGUGGUUUUAAACUUCCUAAAUCAUGGCGACUUCACUGAAAGCCAUUAGUUGCCAUCCUCUUAGGCAGACAAAGAUAUGACAGUGUUAGGAAAACAUUACAUUUGAAAGGUGGAUGGUCAUCCUAGUAUGCUGAUGGUCAGAAGGCAGGUUUGGGUGGCAAAGAGAAGUAGCUAAGAGAUACUAAACUAAGAUGGGAAACUUUCAGGAAACUGAGCAAUUUUGAAUUUUCCAAGAAAACGUUCAGUAUUCUCUACUACUUCUGAGUCACUCUAUUUUGUCUUCCUAAUCUAAGAAUUGCUGCCCACUGGGUUUUUGGGUAUGUUUUCUUGGAGUGGUUACUUUGUAUAACCUACUGUCCUCAGAUUCUAAGAACCUGGGGAAUGAUUAGCAAUUAAGUUUACUGUGUAUAGGAACGGUUUAUUUCAUUAUAGCUAUUAAAUGCUCAUCUUUUCUACAUUAAAGAUAUUUUUCUGUAAUGAAA